AUGUCUCUCAUCUGCGUGGGGACAGGCCAAUGCCACUCCCAGUACAUCCCGACCUUCUUCCUCCUCACUCUUGAGGACGGGCACUCCAACUCACCUCCAUCGCAGAGCCCCACUCCCGCACUCUUGGACUCCGGCUCGUCCAUCUCUCUCAUUGACGCUAGAUUUGUGAGCAACUUACCUCCGGGAUCCAUCAGAAGCACCAAUCUCACGAUCACCGGCAUCGGAGCUCAGAAAGCCGUCGGAUUUGUCACCCUCUCCUUCACCGUCAAGGGACAAGAUGGCGAGGGCAACCACGCGCUGAGAUUCCGACAUGAUUUCUAUGUGGUUGAGGAGCUUUGCCCAGGGAUCAUCCUAGGAGUCGAAUGGAUACAAGUUCACAAGAUCUCCAUCGACGCCUUUGAUGGCAAAGCUUGUCUGCCCCUCAAGAGAUUCAACCUACCGCCUAACCACCACUGUUGGAUAUCGUUCUCAUGGGACAAAGCACCACCUCCGAAGUCAGAUCUUCUUGUAGGACCGUCGGCUUGGUCGAAUGGGUCCAGCGAGGUAGUCUUUGCACUUCCAGCAUGUCUCCUGCGGACCGAGUCGCAACAGGUCUUGAUUACCAAUCUCUCUUCGUCCCACGUGACUCUUCCACGAGGCGCCCAGCUCACGUGCGCGUCCCGACUCUCAACGGGCGCGCGGGCCACUCCACACUGCUUCUCCCUCGGACCGGAACCGGACCUCGGAACCGAUCACCACCCGGAAUGCGCUUCCGCGGACUCAGACGAUGUGGAGGUGGACAGUCGACCGCUAGACGGCAGAGAGGAUCUCGACUAUUUUGCAAAGGGAGCCCGCUCUGGGGACAAAGACUCGGCCCUGGUAGAUGGGAUCUUCCAGAUUGGCGUCGAUGGCUCAGGCUUGCCCCCUCAAUCCAUCAUCGAGGCGCUUUGA